UUCCUGUUUGUUGGAGAAAACUCGUGAUGAGGAACCGGAAGCGUUCUGUUCUCCGCUCCUCCGCAGCCACGUUGGUAUUUUAGGUCGGAUUUGUUUUGGCAACUGCUUAUGAUUGACUGCUGAACAAACGAAUCGGCGCCUUAUUUUAGCCAACAGUUGAAAAGCUUCACCAAUAGCGAUGAAUAAGCAUGUAUUUUCUUUCUCAUAGGGCAUAGUGUGAUUUUUUUCCACCAAUCAUGUCCAUCGCCGCAGUGACGUCACUCGGAUUAUUUUACGUCACCUUAUUUCGCUCUCACUCUCUGGUUGUGUGGCAGUUAUCCGUGCGCAUGCUUAUUAUUGACUGACAGCGGAUCAACCAAUCAACUUAAGCGUUUUGGAGGCUGGCAUAUUUUGGGCCCACCUUUUUGAGUGACAGACAAGUCAACCACUUACGUUCUGCUUAGUGUUCGAGCUGCAAUGACUUACGUCAAAGCUGUCCAUAGGGGAACAGUUUCGGUGGACGUUUGGGUUUUACUGUCCAAUCGUAGAGCCGAGAUGGGGCGGGCCUUGUGGUUACCAGGGUAGGAAGAGUGAAGUAUGAAGGGAAUAGCAUGGAGUCCCAGUGGCUGUUUAUGUUUACUUAAAGAACAUACUUUGAAUGGACGUUAAAAAACACUCCGUGGACUACUUUACUGCUUUUAUAUUACAUAGUUUUGUUGCACACUUUUGUAGUUUUUUUUUUUGUCUUUUUGAUGUGAAUCUUCAAAAGAGGACUUUGUAAGAGUGACAUGUAAAUCUUCUGUUACACUAAUGUGCCAGUCUUACAAAUGGAAAGGGGGCUUCUCUCUGGAAACGUGAGCAUUACCCUGCUGCUCUUGCUGCUCCUGAACGCAACCACCAGCUUUGGCUUCGGGACCUCGCACCCUCGGGGCUCCGCUAUCCUGCGGGAGCCGCAGCCAAGCGGCCGGACUGUGGAUUCUAUCUCGGCGGAGGAUGGUGCAGCAGCAUCGGGGGCAGUGAUGGAGCAGCGCCGAAUAGAGAACGUGGCUGCCUCGGUGUCCGGGGCAGAUGUUACAGUUGAGGACGACGACAAUGGUUCAGCCGGAGAUGCGGAGGAAACCUAUGGAGAGAGCAACGGGAACGUUCGAGCGACCAGGUCUCUGGUCAUCAUCAGCACUCUGGAUGGUCGGAUCUCUGCUCUGGAUCCUCACAACAACGGCAGGAAGCAGUGGGACAUGGAUGUGGGCUCAGGAAGUCUCGUUUCCUCCACCCUAAGCAAACCUGAGGUGUUUGGUAAUAAAGUGGUGAUUCCAUCACUGGACGGUGCCUUGUUCCAGUGGAACCGGGACAGAGAGAGUAUGGAGGCGGUGCCUUUCAGUGUGGAAUCACUGCUGGACUCGUCCUACAGAAUCGGAGAGGACACAGUCCUGGUGGGAGGAAAAUCACUCACUACCUACGGCCUAGGAGCGUACACAGGCAAACUGCGGUACAUCUGCUCCACCGUAGGCUGCAGUCAGUGGGGGAGCCAGGAGUCAGAGUCAGAGGAUGUUCUCCUGCUGCAGAGGACACAGAAGACUGUCAGAGCCAUCAGACCCAGAUCAGGGACAGAAAAGUGGAACUUCAGUGUUGGAAACUUCCAGCUGAAGAUGGUUCCCGAGGCUCAGACUGGGAUGAACUUCCUGGAAGGAGAAGUAGCAAACGGUGAUGGCUGGAAGGAGAGUCUGCGGAUAAUCACAGAUGAACCCAAAGAACGAGAGCAGAUGGAAAACCAGAAGCACCAGCAGAACCAUAAUCUAGACCUUGUCAUCAAGGUGUCAGUUCCUGACUGGAAAGUGAUGGCGUUUAGCCCUGAGCCUGAUGGUCAGCUGAUCUGGGAGCAGCAGUUUUGCACACCCAUCGCUUCAGCCUGGUUGGUGGGUGGAGGCAAAGUCACACCCAUCAGUCUGUUUGACGACACAGGCUAUAGCAAUCAGUCAGAGAUGGAUGAGGAGGAUGAAGAUGGUGAUGUGGAGAAGAGCAGUGAAGCAGCGGAGUCCAGCGUCUACUUAGGGAUGUUUAACGGGCAGCUAUACCUGCAGUCCUCAGUCCAGAUCACUGACAAGUUUCCAUCCAAAGCUAUCACAUCAGAGAAGAGUGUCAUCCCAGUUCCCAGGGUUAAAUGGAAACCACUCGUCCAUUCUCCCUCCCGUACCCCAGCUCUGGUUGGCUCUGAUGAAUUAGACAAGUGUCUGAACAACGACAAGUUUUCUCACCAGGAGUACAGUAAUGGAGCUCUGUCAAUCCUUCAGUAUCCAUACGACAAUGGCUACUACCUACACUACAACAAACGGUACCGAGGGAAACGGGACGACUCUGUGAGUCUGAUCAAAGGGAACGUAGCCGGACCUGACAGUCUCAGAAAAGACCUGUUUCUGCUGCUGCCCUGGUUGAAGGAGAUCAUCUGCACCAUUGUUUUCUGUAUCGUGGCCACCACCUGCAUCGUCAGGAAGUUCUUCCACCCCUCUGUUCCUGCCCCCUAUGUCAGGCAACGUAAGGAGUCUGAGACUCAGUGCCAGACAGAUAAUAAGUUUGAGCUCCAAGUGGUGGAGAACAAAGAACCGGUCUGUACUGAGAACCGAUCAGCGGAGUAUGUAUCCAGGUAUCUAACUGACUUUGAGCCAGUGCAGUGUCUGGGGCGUGGUGGCUUUGGUGUGGUGUUUGAAGCUAGGAACAAAGUAGACGAUUGUCACUACGCUAUUAAAAGGAUCCGUCUUCCCAACAGAGAACUUGCUCGUGAGAAGGUGAUGCGAGAGGUGAAGGCUCUGGCCAAACUAGAGCAUCCGGGGAUUAUUCGCUACUUCAAUGCCUGGCAGGAGAGUCCACCUGAGGACUGGCAGGAGGAGAUGGACAAGAGGUCCAUGAAGGACAGCAGUACUACUGACUGGCCAAUGAGCUGCCGUGACCACAUGGACGCACUUUCAGUCAAAGUACCUGUGUCCAGCUCUGUGUCCCCUGCGUGUGGACAUGCAGGAGACGUCCUGGACUCCUGCACUGAUCCACGUGGGUUGUUGUCCAGCAGCACAGGUGGAGCAGUGGCGGCAGCAAGUUUUGGUGUGGAUGACAGUGACAUGUCUUUCCACCCUCUCCUGGGUCAGGACAGUCUCAUGUCAGAGCGGGACAGUCAGGCCGACCCUGACGCAGAGGCCUCAGACACUCCACACUCCUUUGAGCUUUGUUCUCCCAGAGGCCCCAGCGACUGCACCUCCUCCUCCUUUGACAUUGUUUUUGAGGACUCGGGCUGCGACCGCGAUGCUGAGGCGGACACUGAUUCUGUCACAUCACGAGGAGGAGGAGUGAGUCCUGGAGCAGUGACAGAGAAGAACACCUUAUCUUCAUCACACACCAGGAAACAAGAAUCUGCUCCACCCUCAUCUUCAACACUAAACAGACCCACAUCAUUGGCACUGGGUCUGCCCACAAACCCCCCAACACAGCGAGUUCAGCCGUCUCCAAAGGUUUACUUGUACAUUCAGAUGCAAUUGUGCAGGAAGGAAAACUUGAAGGACUGGAUGUCUCAGCGUUGCUUUCCAGAGCAGAGAGAACACAACCAGUGCCUGGAUAUUUUCCUGCAGAUUGCUGAAGCUGUGGACUUCCUGCACAGUAAAGGACUGAUGCACAGAGACCUGAAGCCCUCCAACAUCUUCUUUACCAUGGAUGACGUGGUGAAGGUUGGAGACCUUGGUCUGGUCACAGCCAUGGACCAGGAGGACGAUGAAGAUGAUCCCAGCGUCCUGACACCGGCACCAUUGCUGACCAGACACACGGGUCAGGUGGGAACCAAGCUGUACAUGAGUCCAGAGCAGCUCUCUGGGAAAUCGUACUCCCACAAAGUGGAUAUUUACUCUCUGGGUCUGAUCUUGUUUGAGCUGCUCCAUCCUUUCAGGACACAGAUGGAGAGAGUCAGAACACUGAUGGAGGUGAGGCUGCUCCGCUUCCCUGAGCUAUUCUCCAAAAACAACCAGCAGGAGCUGACCAUGGUCCGCAGCAUGUUGUCACUCAGUCCCAGUGAGCGUCCUGAAGCAGUAGAAAUCACCGGAACUCCAAUCUUCCAGGACCUGGAGCUGCCUUGUCAACUGGCUGUGAGGCAGCGAUCUAGAACCUACAGCUCCUCUUCCAUGGGUCGACCGACACGACAAACAUCAAACAACUGAAGAUGAUGAGAACUUUUUUUCUGUUACCACACCAGAACCAACAAACAUAUUGAAGAACUCAGCAAGUGUAAACCCUGAUCCUACUGGUACUGACUCAUCCACAUCAUCCUCAGCAAGUUUAAUCACAGGUGGAAGAAAAAUGACGGAAUUGGCAGAUGUUGCGUUGCCUUUAGAACCAGAAUCUGAGCAGCAGAUGGAUCAUCAAAAGUGAUUAUUUUGUUCUCAUUGAUAAAGUGACAGACACUGCUGAGACCUGUUCUUAGUUUGUCAGUGAUUCUUUGACUUGUGCUGAACCUCGGGCACCAAACAAUAUCUGAGGAGACUGCAAGAAGAGGCCUUUGAUCCUUGAUCAUUUUCUCCACCAGUAAGAGGAGCUGAUGACAGCUACAAGCACCGACUGGUGUUCCUGACACCGGAGAUGCCUGAUGUGAAAACCAAAAAUAUUAUCUGUUGGGUUUUUUUUUUUCUUACUGUUUUUUUCCUUAAAGAAACUAAAAAUGUGGAUUUAAUUUGAAUUGACCCUAGUCCACAGCAACUUCUGGGUGAAAGUUGUUAUUUUUUUUUUGUUUUUUUUUUUGUCUGUAUCAGAUGGUUCUGGUCCAGGUGUAAAGUGUGAGAUGUUCUUGCAGCUGGUUUGUCCAGGACUUUUGACAAGAGCAGUUCUUUCUGAAACGCCUGUUAUUUUUUGUACAUAAAUGAAAGAACAAAUAAUGUUAAUAUCUUUAACCAUAAAGAGGGAAAUAAUGAUGAUCAAUCAUGUACAUUAGGUAACGAGGGAGCUGGUGCUUGUAAAUGGCCUUUUCAUGAAACGACUGUAGGACGAUAGGACAAAAUAAUUGUUUGAAAAACAAGUACCACAAAUCAUUUUCAGGAAAUGAAUAGUUCUUUCUUACAGUGUAGAGAAAUUUCAUUAGAGAUAAUACAAAUGAGUUCCUCUAACACAACUGUUUUACGACCCCUAGUGGGGAGCUGGACCUGAUGUAGGUCAUGUGACCCUGACUCCAGCCUUGUCUUCAGCUGAGAGGGCGAAAAACAUGACCUGAUAGAAAUGAACUAAUAACAUUUAAAAAAUGAUUGUAAUUUUUCUAAGAAUCUUCUCACUUUUAUAAGAUAAUAAUAGUAGUAAUAAUGUGUUUUUUUUAUUCUACAGUUGGUUUCUGUUGUUUUCUGUUUACUGUGACAGUGUCUUGUACAGUCAGAGUGUCAUCCAUCACUGUAAAUGGGCUUUGACCUGACGUUAUUUUGUGAAGGACAGUACUUUGAUGCUGUCACUUGCAUCCAAUCAUGUAGUUUUCAGAUAGUUUUGUCUUUGUUUACCUACAGAAGUCAGUUACGAUACAUACUGUGACUCAGUUUGAGGUAGGACCACAAAGUUGAAACCUUGGUGAAGACACAUCAUCUAGUCUAGUGAGAUCCUCAAUGAGGGUGGAGAACCUGCAAAGUAAAAACGACAGCUUCUCUUUGUCACUCACAAACACAAGGUUUAGAUAAGAAAUGUUUACUGUUAAAACCCUUUGGUUUAAAGCCUUAAAAUAUUUAAAUGGAAGAGUUUUGACUGUGAUUAUUUCGCACUGCCCGUGGGGGGUUGUGUGUUGGAUUCCUACUGCAUGCUAAUGUACACCUGAGCAAGACACUCAACCAUUGUCUACUGUACUCAUCAGUCUCUACGUUCUUUAAAACCCUAGAUACAUGUGUUCUGCUCCUACUGGACAAUCUGCUGUCAAUCCUGCACUGUGUCCUCUCAUGUGUCCUGCUUUAGUCUUUAUUUCCUUUAAGUAGGAUCAGAAAUGAAUGAAACUGAAAACUGAGAAAAUGUUGCCGAUAUUAGAAACUGAAAUUUAACAGCAGUUAUUUCCUCCACCUGUGGAGCUACUGUAUGUGUGUUUGGUUGUGGUCACUUGUCAGAGUCUCUGGUCUGAACAUGUGGUCAGGUUAUCUGAUGCACAAAGUCUGUCCUCGAUCCAGGAAGAAUUGUAAAUAUGUCAGUUUGCUUUAUUUAUGUCUGGAUGCAGCGAUCAAUCCUUCUUGGGUUGGUGUUAUUAUGAUUGUUAUUAUAAUGAAUGCGCCUCCUAUCAUGAAGCGUGUUGGAUCCUAAUGACUUCUUACAAGUCUAAAUUUAAUAAACUCUACUUUACCCUUUG